UAUUUAAGCAAUUUUUCAUAUUUAAUAUUUAUUGUGAAAAUUUAAUAUAUUUUUAUGAUUCAUAAAAACAUUAAUAUUUAAUGUGAAAUAUCCUUAAUUGUUAAUAUUUAAUAAUUAUCAAAAAAUACGAACAUGUUAAGUGAAUACAACGAUAUUGAAGAAGAUGAAGAAGUCAUAUUUGAGGGUAAUGAUUUGUAUGAACAUUUAUCUGCAUUGGGAUAUGUAGAUUUUGAAACUGCAACAGUUUCUAAACCUUUACUAACAUCACAAAAGAAAUCUAUCUAUAUGAAUACUGACAUUAUCAAUGAUAUAGGUAGAAAUAUUUAUAGAUAUAUAUUAGAUUUAAAAUCAUGGAUAACACAGGAUUGCAGUUUAUCCAAAGAACAAUUGCACACUAUUUUAAGUGCCAAAACACUUUUAGACGAUCAUGCAUAUGCAAUUAAUAGUUAUACACAAAAGUAUUUUCCUUCUACACCAUGGAAGAAAAUGUUAAGGAAUUUACUUGUUAAUGGUACAAUAAUAGCUUCUUCUGCGUACUUAAUAUUCUGUAAACACAAAAAAGCUUUAAAUAUUAUAAUAACAUUUUGUAUAUUAUAUUUCACUGGUUAUAGAAACUACAAAAAUUUACAGGCACAUAAAGAAUUAAAACAAUUAGUAUUAUUACAAAAUGAAUUUUAUGAUUUAUGUAAUAAAGGAUUAAAAAUUUUGAGACAUGGUUACAAGGUAAAAAUUAAUUCUAGGAAAGUAGAGCAACCAUUUCAUGAUCUCAUGGGAGAAAGAUUAAUAUACCUACAACCAAUAAUGGAAAAUUUAAUUAAAUGUAUGGAAGAUCUUUGUCAAAUUUACCAUCAUAUUAUUUGUAUUAUGACAGCACAAUUUCCUAAAUAUGUUUUUAAUCAGUUUGUAAUAACAACAUUUGAAGAUAAUGCAUUUAAAAUACAUGGAGAAGUUAACUAUGAAGCAUUGAAGCAAUUAUAUUAUACUUAUGCUCUUAUGCAAUCGGAACUAUUAUAUCUACUGGCUAUUGCAUAUGAUACUAAAACGUGGUCUUUAACUUGUGAUAAAAUUUCCAAGGCAAACCUGAUUUAUAUCACUUAUAAAUUGAAUAAACAAUUGAUAAAAUAUAAGAAUAAAUUAUCUCUGUGUAUCAAUUCUUAUUAUAAUUGUAAAGUAGAACCAGUUCAAUAUAAUUUUAAGGGUCCGGUUGCAUCAAAAUGGCAAGACGUUUAUUUACAUUUGAAUUUAACAUCUAAUAAGAUUCAACAGGCAUAUGAACGUAUAAUAUCAAUGAUUAAUGAUAUUGAUACGUGUACUGAUGAUACUUCAACCAAUAAUGAGAUGAUAGAAAAAAUGACGCAAAAAAUGGAUGAAAUGUAUAAGCAAAUAGAUACAGCUAGAAAUUUCGCUGAAUUUAGUAGUUUAUUAAUAACAAAAAUAAAGUAUAGAAAUUCCAAAAUGAGUUAUACAAAACAAGAUACUAAAAUACAAAAUAUAAAUGAAAACUUGCCGGUAAUAAUUGAUACAGAACCAGAAAUACUUGAUGAGGUGUUUGAAGAAUAUAUUAAAGAAGAAUAUUUGAAACCUUUGUAUGAAGAAGAUGAAGAGAUUUUAUUACAAGAAUAUAAAUUGGACAAAUUGUUGGCAAAGAAUUUUAUGAGUGAAUUAAAGGAAGCUUUGAUUGAUAAGCAUAGAACUAUGUCAGAAAGAGAAUCUAAAGCACUUCAACGUAUGUACAGAAACGUAAUAAAUAGUGCAAAUGAUUUGGGGAGUAAUAACUUAAGAUCUUCAAUACCUAUACCACCUCCAAUGCCUUCUUUGGCCAGUAAUUCCAUUUCGUUACGUAAUAAUGAUUCCAUUAAUUACGAUCACAAUAACAUUUUUCCCAAAGAAUCGUCAAAUACAUCGAAUACCGAAAUAUUUCACACACAAACGUCAAGUGUAAAUAAUAUCGUAAAAAAUUUUAAGUAUGAUAAAGAUGCCAACAAUGAAUCAAUAAUUGAAGAUAACGAAGAUAGUACUGUCUUUGGAUCAUUGUCAUUGAAACAGUUUCAAAAUCCUGUUAUACAAUUUGGAUUAAAUAUGUCUCCUCAAUUGUUAUCUAUGAAUGAAGAAAUGUUUAUAGGUAGUGGAGAAAAUUCUGAAAGUGAUAUUGAACCAGAGGAUGAUUCAAUUGCAUAAUAUUCUGUAUUCAUUUAUAAAAAUAAAUAAUAACAAGUUUGAA